ACCCUGAAGCUUCUGGUAGCACAUGCAUGCCAUGCAACACAAAGCCCACUUGCUGACCUCGCUUCUCCUCCAGUCCUCCUCCUCCAGCCCCUGCCCCUGCCCGGGCGACCUACCUCUAUAUAUACCCAUGGCGUCCCACUGGCCAAACUCCAUGUCCAACCAUCCAACAACACACACCUAUAGCUACCACGUACUGUGAUUUCUACCGUCGAAACAUCGAAUCUCUCCUCCAGGCCGGCCGGCCGGAUCCAGCUACAGUUGCAUUGCAAGCUAGCAAGCCAGCAAAUUAAAGCAAACAAGAUGAAGAGCAAGGCGUCGACGUUGUUGAAGCUGAAGCAGAUGGUGUCGACCCUCAUGGCGGCGGUCAAGUCCAAGUCCACGGCGGUGCGUGUCAAGACGAGCGCGCUCAAGACGCGCCUCCUCAUCUUCGGCAUCCUCCGCAACAAGAAGCUGCUCAUGACGGCCAUCAACCACAAGAUCCACGCCAUCAUGGGGCACCAGGACCAGGAAGCAGCAGCAGCAGCAGACGGCGGCGACAACAAGGACGGCGGCGCCUGCCAGCAGCGGGGCGCCGGCGCCGGCGACGGUGACGAAGACGGCGGCGGCGGCGGCAGGAAGGCCAUCGUGCUCUACCAGCCCCCCACAAGCUACAGCUUCUCUUCAGAGCUGGGCGCCCACGAGACGGAGGCGGAGGCGGAGGCGGAGGUGGAGGAGGACAGCGACGACUACCUGACCCACUCGCUGUUCGCCGAGGAGGACGACGAGGACGAGCUGGUGAACGCGCCGGGGUCGGUCAUCGACGUCAUGCGCGACGCCAGGGAGCGGGAGACCGGCGAGGGCGGCGCCGAGUUCAGCCUCGAGGACGAGAUCGACCACGUCGCCGACGUCUUCAUCCGCCGCAUCCGCCGCCAGCUCAAGCUGCAGAAGCUCGACUCAUUCAAGCGCUUGUGCGAGAUGCUCGAGAGGAGCACCUGACGAUCGAUGAUGGUCGCAUCUUGAUUGCCAUCAUAUCCAUCCGUAUGUAUGUACGUGCUGCCAAUGAACUAGUAACCAGCUGUAUGAAUAACUUGGAGAGAUCGAUCGAAAAAUUACAUGCAUGUAAGUAGAAGGGAUUAAUAAAGGUGGCAUUGGAGAGGAAGAUGCUUUUCUUCAUCCAGGGUUUAAGUAGAGAGAAGGGAUGAUGGAAAUUGUACUCUGACUAAUUAAUCAUCAUGUUCUUUUGUUCUUUG